AUGCAUUUUAGAGCCGACGCCCACAAGCCUCCACCCGCGCCAGUGGGCACCGCAGAGAUCUCCCGAUGGCCGUUCGCAGUGAGCCCCCAGACCCACCUGUGGGGCUCCAUGUGGGUGCCCCAUUGUGCGGGGGCCCUCAUCAGUACAACUACCGUGCUGUCUGCCGCCCAGUGCUAUCAAAUGCCUUCACCACGCCUGCGCGUGCGCCUCGGCAGCACAUAUUCAACGUUCGGCGGUUCCCUCGUCCCCGUCUCCUCUUACACCAACCACCCCGACUAUGAGCCUACAGCUGGAGACCACGAUAUAGCUCUCCUCCGAUUGGCUGAGAGCGCCGUGCUGUCUGCAGUGGUCCAGUUGGCUAGGAUACCGGCUGCAGUGUUUCCUAUCAGUGAUGGGAGUAGGGUGGAUGCUGUGGGAUGGGGACACCUCGAGUACGACGACGACGCCAGCAUAACACUGAAAGAAGCGGCCCUGCAAACCGUGAACCAAGAUAUCUGCACUCAGCGUUACGCCAACCUAGACCCAGACUCAGAAGACACCCAAAUCUACCAAGUCACUUCUAGAAUGCUCUGCGCAGAGCCUGCGACUGAUGGCCUAGGGAUGUGUGAGGCUGGAGCCCCGGUGGUGGUCAGUGGGGAUGUGGUGGUAGGGGUCCAGUUGUGGGGGUUCCGCUGCGGCGGUAGCGUCUACCCUCAAGUUGCUACUCGGGUCAGCGAGUACUCUGAUUGGAUUGUCGCUAACGGGUCUUAGGAAUGUAUGACCGUUUUGCUUUUACUGUACUCCCAAGAGUUUCCCGGAGUUAACUCGGAAUUUUAAUAUUAAUAAAUAAAAUAAGUAACUUA